UGGCUGCGGCUGAGGCUCAGUCCGUGUCGGGGAGCUGCGGGUUCUGAGAGUGCAUUGCGGAUUCUGGAUGUUUGUAAUCCUUCUGGCAAUAUGACAUCUGAUCUCAUGGCGCUGCAGUGAUAAAACAUUAGAAAAAUAUCUGCAGAAAGAACCCCUAUACUCUGUGCUGGGUUGCAAUGAUACACUAUCUGGUCUAAUUUUUAGCCUGCCUUGCCUCAUGGUGUGUUUACCAUGGGUGUCUACGACCCGUGGCUCAUCUGCCCUAUACUUUUAUUUGUCCUUUUCUGGGGGAAACCAACACAGUCCUGGGCUCAGAACUGUGCUGUCAAGUCCAUGCCAGAUAUGGUGAUCGAUAUUACUUCUGCAUUGAAAAACGGAGUCCGUGGCAUUGAUCCCAAAAAUACAGCCAAUUUAGAUGCAUGUAUAGCUGCAUGCUGCCACGAGCAUGAUAUAGCAGAUGGAAGAGAGUGUAACCUCUUGAUAUACGAUACACGCAAGACCCAUGGUCAUCCCAACUGUUACAUGUUCAACUGUCCAAGCCCGGAUUCUUGCACAAUGUCUCCAUCCAAAGGAGUUAUGAGUUUCAACCUAUUGCGAGAAAUCUCUGAUGGCAAAAGUCAUCCAUAUCCAACACAUGUUAAACAGCCUCUGUCAUCUCCAUCAAAUGAGCAAAGUCACAUUGAGAUCUUGGGAAUUGAAAGUUCUGAGCAAAAAGAGCCUGGUUUACCAAUGCAAUCACAAGGCUCUGCAGAAAAGGAUCCUGAUUCAAUAGUUCAUAUACAAAGCUCUCCAAUCAUGCAUCCUGAUUCUGCUGUACAGUCACAGAGUUCUGCACACAAGGAGCAUGGUUCAUCACUACACUCACAGGGCUCUGUGGAAAAAGGAUCUGGCUCUGUAGGUUAUCCACAGAACAAUGCCGAAAGAAAAUAUAGCUCUGCAAUAGAAGUGCCAAGCCCUGGACAUAAAGAUUCCAUAGAACAUGAUCAGAACGCUGCAGGCAAGAAUCUACCUUCUGCAUUACACCUGGAAAAAACUGCAAUGCAUGAGUCCAGCUCUAAAAGUGAACCACAAAAGUCUUCAAGCAAGGAUGCAGCUGAGGUUCAAAGUCGUAUCACUUCUCAAAUGCUUCAUCUGACAGAGAACAUUGAGAAGCAUCUGGACCAGUUGGUAGAGACACCAGUGCAGAACUCAGACAAUUCCAUGCAGAUCAUUAUACUCUCCUCACACAAACCUGAUCCCACCCCAGGAACUAUUGCAACAAACAAACAUGAUGGUGUCCAAACACCAGAUAAGGAAAUAAAGCCUGACCAAGCUGCUAAAACACAAUCCACAACAAUCAGAGUGCCUUUUCCCCAGCAAGCUUCUAGAGCACCACAGCCAAUCAUACCUUCACACAAGCUUAAUGCCAGCAUGCCUAGCCAUCAUCCUGUGCCUGUUACAAAAAACAAUGUUAUUGAUAAUAAACCUGUUCCAAGCUCUGUUUCUAAAGACCUCAAAAAGGUUAUAGGCCAUAGUAGUUCCACUUCUCGUCAUUCGGUAAUUAGCCCUACCCCGAAAUAUGACCUGAGAGGCCAACCAAUGACCAAAACAAGCGUUCAAGGUCUUGGUAGUAGACAUCAAGCAUUAACAUCCCUACCAAUCAAACCACAUACUCAAUUUGUGAUGUUGACUGACAAUCCACCAAAAGCAACCCAGAAAUCCAUUGUCCAUGCCAUCUCUUCCAGCCCUAAACAACCUGUAACUGUCACACUCAAAGCACCUGUGCAAACCCUUUCCAAAUCCAAUAGUUUGACACAAAGGGACCAGCUUGGAGACCAAGUUCAGAUUUUUAGAAAACUGGAUACAUCUGUGCCUGGAGAGGGCAAGCAUUCAUUUUCUGAUGAUGUAAGUGGUUUGGUGGCUGCUUUGGUCUUUGGAGUAUUGUUUCUGCUGGUGGUAAUAGGUCUAAUCAGCCGCAAGAUUUCUGAAGCACGACGCAGGCACCGUUACACCAAGCUAGACUAUCUCAUCAAUGGAAUGUAUGUGGACACAUGAUGAAAGUGCUAUGUACUUCAAUCUCUGGCGCCACCUCUCUAUGGAGAAAUGAUUGAUACAACUACUGCAGUGUUACAAUGAUUGCUAAAUAUCAGUAUGAACAAACAAAAGAGAACAGAUAUAUCCAUAGUUUAUUUUAAUAUUUCCAUUCCAACUAGUAUAUGGAUAUUAAAAGUUAUUGGUGGGAAUAUUUCAUUCAGUUAUAUGCAGACAAGUUAUUAACAUUUCCAUGAUGUGAUGACUCCACACUAUGCAAAAUGAUUAUCCUUUAGGUACAGUUCCCCUUUAAAUUCAUUGUUAUGAAGGUACAGGUAUAGUACAGUAAAGGCACCAUAACAACUGCAGUGCUUUGUAGUGCAUAUGAUACUAGUCUAACCCUUAAAUUGAGUUUAAAUGAAAGAUCCCAUUUAGAAAACACUGUAAAUGUGUAAGCUGUGGAACUUGCUCAUUUUCUGCUGGAAGUCUGUAUCUUUCUGAUUGGCUGCUUGAUACUUUAAGCCAAUGAGAACACAUGUAUAUAUUUGUUUGGAUAAAUCACAGCGAUUUUCAAUAGAGCAUAAUGAAAUAUUCCGUCUUCAUUUUAAGAUAACUUGGACAGUUUCAGAAAGUGUAGCUAUGUAUAUGUGUGUAUGAGAGAGAUAUUUUGUGGGGACGAGUACUGGAUUUGCAAUAAAAUCAAGAUGCUUAGUUAUGUAAA